AUGGCACAGUGGCUGCAGCUUCUCCUGGGGUUGUGGGCACUCGUGCCCAUCCAGGCAGGGGACAAGCUGCUCACUGUCUGCAUGAAUGCCAAGCACCACAAGAGAGAACCUGGCCCAGAAGACAAGCUCUACUUACAGUGCAUCCCCUGGAAGGACAAUGCAUGCUGCACACGCAACACCAGCUGGGAAGCCCACCUCCAGGAGUCCCUGCUCUUUAACUUCAGCCUGAUGCACUGUGGAUUGCUGACCCCGGUCUGUCACGAGCACUUCAUCCAGGCCGUCUGCUUCCACCAGUGUUCCCCCAACCUGGGGCCUUGGAUCCAGCGGGUGAAGAGCGGGCAGGAGGAGCGGGUUUUUGGGGCGCCUCUGUGCCGCGAGGACUGUGAGCAGUGGUGGGAAGGCUGCGGUUCCUCUUACACUUGCAAAUCCAACUGGCGUGAUGGCUGGGACUGGAGUCAGGGAAAGAACCGCUGCCCAGCAAGGGCCCCCUGCCGCCCUUUCCCAGAUUACUUCCCCACCCCAUCUGACCUGUGCGAGAAGAUCUGGAGCAACACGUUCAAGGCCAGUCCUGACCGCAGGAGCAGUGGGCGGUGUCUGCAGAAGUGGUUUGAGCCCACCCAGGGCAACCCCAACGUAGCCGUUGCCCAUUACUUUGCCAGUUUUGCUCCAGACCAGGCACUUUCCUGCCCCCUCACAGCCUUCUCUCUGUGCCUGCUGCUCCUUUCCUGA